UCCUCCUGCAGGCGAAGUACAAGGAGCGAGGGACGGUCCUGGCCGAAGACCAGCUGGCUCAGAUGUCAAAGCAGCUGGACAUGUUUAAGACCAACUUAGAAGAGUUUGCCAGCAAACACAAGCAAGAGAUCCGUAAAAACCCCGAGUUCCGGGUCCAGUUCCAGGACAUGUGUGCCACCAUCGGGGUGGAUCCUCUGGCAUCCGGUAAAGGAUUCUGGUCAGAGAUGCUGGGAGUUGGAGACUUUUACUAUGAGCUGGGUGUGCAGAUCAUCGAAGUUUGCCUGGCUCUGAAACACAGGAAUGGAGGUCUGAUAACGCUGGAAGAACUUCAUCAGCAAGUGCUGAAGGGAAGGGGGAAGUUUGCCCAGGAUGUCAGCCAGGAUGAUCUCCUCCGCGCAAUCAAGAAACUGAAGGUCUUGGGGAAUGGCUUUGGGAUUAUCCCCGUUGGUGGGACGUAUCUGAUCCAGUCUGUACCAGCAGAACUGAACAUGGAUCACACCGUCGUCCUGCAGCUGGCAGAGAAAAAGGGCUACGUAACAGUCAGCGAGAUCAGAUCCAGCCUGAAGUGGGAGACGGAACGUGCCAAGCAGGUGCUGGAACACUUGCUGAAGGAAGGAAUGGCCUGGCUGGAUACGCAGGCGGCAGGAGAACCUCAGUACUGGCUGCCUGCUCUCUUUACAGAGCUCUACUCUCAGGAAAUCACUCCAGAGGAAGCCAAGGAGGCGAUACCUUGACUGCUACGUGUUCUGUGCCUGUACAUAAUUCUUCUUGUGGGGUUAUUUGCAUAUCACCUGAAACACAGCGACAGUGGACUUGAAAUAAAACUUUUCUAAAAAGCGUCUAGCUUGAGAAGUUUAACAGGACUAAUUCCUACUUGCUUACCUCUGAAUUUUCUCUGUUGUGGGUGGAAAUGCCACUUACUGUUACAGACAACUAAUAAUGACCGUGUCACGGCAAGAGGGAAAUUAUCUGAGCUGCUACUGCAACUGCCAAUGUGACUCCAACUAAAGGAUCUGGGAGCAGCAGUGACUCUGAGGAACGUUCUGUGACCAAGGCGUUGUUCCACUAAGGAGCACCACAGUCUAGAUUCUGCCAAAACAAACUUUAUUGCACAAAAAAAAAAAAAAAAGAAAAAAAAAGAAAA